GGGCAGUAACUGUGUCUUCUGAAGAAGCAGAGAGAGAGAGGGCGGGGGAGAGAACUGUGUCUGGGUCAGCUCGGUCUGUCAUCUCAGACAGUCAGAGAGAGCGAGACCGUACGCAAGAGAUAGACGGCAGGAUACAGGAGGUAUGUCAGAGGAUGUGGUUUCCCUGAGCUUGCAGAACAUUGCACAGACAUACUUUGAGCAUGACCUAACGGCAGCAUGCAAAGUGUGUUUUCUGCGCUCCACUAGCUGCCUGCCGCAGGAGGACUGAUCCGCUCGGGAUCCUCGCUUCUUGUUGUUAUUGUGCUGUCACAUUCAACAGGAAUCCUACCGUCACUCUUGCUGUUCACACGCAGGACGGUGGAUCGCUGACUCAAACUUGCAGCGUCUGCGUGUCGACACCUCCACAACAGGCUUAACUGUGAACUCGUUCGGCAGAAAUGGGCUGCGGGUUGAGGAAGUACCGUCAGCCGGAAGACAACAGUCCGGGAAAGAUUUACUCCACCCUCAAGAGACCACAGGUGGAGACCAGUGUCGGGGUCGCCUACACGUACCACCACUUAGACUUCCUGGUGGGGAAAGAUGAUGGGACGUCCACGCUGUGCCUGUCCUCAGUGAGGGAGCUGCCGUCUCAGCUGCAGGAUCUGUACCAGCAGGGUUUCAUUCUAGCAGCUGUGCACCCCUUCGUCCACCCGUGCGGCCCCGAGCCCGCCAGCGUCCAGCGCCAGCUCUACCGGGCAGUGCUCAUCAAAGUCUCUGACAGCUGGGAGAAGAAUCCGGCAGACUUUGAGCCUUACCAUCUCAAACUGGAGGAAUGCAUGUCUGCAGACCAGAUUCCCACCACGGAGCACAUCCAAGGAUACGUGAAGAAACAGAUCCAGGAUGCUGCGGAUCAGGGAAUCAUGUUUGUGGGCUUCAUCCAGGAGCCAGCUGGCCUACGCCCACACGUGCUCCGACACGGAGAACCAGAGGAACCCUCCCUCUCCCUGCACUCCAGCCCCAGCUCGCUGCACGGCUCGGGGCUGACGGCCAGUCCCAGUCCCCUGGAGGAGCCGGAGCUGGGAGACGAGUCCGGAGCGGAGAAUGAAGGGAAAAACGGGAGAGGUGAGGCUCUGAGAGAAGACGAGAAAGCUACUGAAGGUGGAGACGGAGGAGACGAUCUCUCUGUUGAGACAUCAGCCGUGUUGAACCCAGGAUUCGGUGAAACACAGCAAGGAGAAACACUGACACACAACAACAACGAUAUGGCCAGAAUCACAGACACAUCCCAGAAACCCAGCACGCUGGCCCUGACUAAGAGUGGAGCCGAGCUCUUUGGUUUGUUUAACUACCCGGGUCGGCGUGAGGGUCAGCUGAAGUACUACACAGUUAAAGUGCCUCUUCGAGUUCAGCCGCAGGGCGAGGGCAUCUGUACUGUGGAGGCCAACUGGCUCGAUCACAUGACUCAACACUUCAACAACGGAGCUUUACUAGUGGACGGAUUCUUUCAGCUGACCAGAGACAACGAUGUUCUCAUCAAAACUGUGGACAGUGUGUUCGUGUUCCAGGAAGGAAUAGAGAGCGACACCAAUGCGGCUGCUGCGUACGACGCUAUAGUGGUGGAACAAUGGACAAUCAUUCAUGGUUUACAGGUGAAGACAGACUAUAUUCCCCUGCUGCAGUCUUUGGCUUCAUUUGGCUGGAGACUCACUUGUGUGCUGCCUACACCCAUCAUCAAGACCAACAGUGAUGGCAGUUUGGCCACCAAGCAGAUCGUUUUCCUCCAGAGACCUGUGUUACCUCGAAAGAAGAAGGAAUCCAAGAAAGUCAUCUUUAAAGCACGGAACAAGUCCAACAAGAACUCGGUCAAAGACGCACCAAAGAACAAGAAGAAGAAAGACUCCACACCCACCGUAGAGAAAGAGAUAAGUGAUCAAACGCAAUGUGAUGGAGCCGAGAAGAGCGCUGAAGAGACAAAUACAAGACGGGAGGAGAAGCAGAAUAACGAGACUGAUGCUGAAGUGCAGAGUGAACAGAAAGAGGACAGAGAGGAAGGGAACGAGGCCGUAGGAGCAGGCAGGGAAACACAAGAAGCGGUGGGCGGAAAUAGUGAGAGAGACGGAAAUGCUAAGGAUGAGGUAGACGUUAAAGAGGAAGAGUGUAGGGUGAAAACAGAAGCUGAAAUGGAGUCGUGUCAAGACAAGGCCUCACCUACAGCACAAGAAACAGGACGAGAGGACCAUGAGGUGGACAAACAGGAAGACAGCUCAGCCAAUCAGGAUUGAGGACGCACUCAAACCCACCAGGCCAACGCAAGUGGAUCUUUAUGAAUGUUCUAAUUGCUUCGCUGCAAAAAAAAAGAAAAGAAAAAAAGAUUUUGUCUUGUUUCCAGUAUCUAAACAUCCUUAAAACAAGUUCAAUUACAAAACAAGAAAACAAGCCAAUGCCAAUGCUGAUUAAACGUCUUGUUUUAUUGAUUUUUAAAUACUCAAGACGAAACUACUGGUAUGGUUUUAGACAGGUUAACUGUCAUGCAAACACCUCACCUGACAUUUCCACCGCUUGUAACCAAUGCCGAACAUUUAACUCACGGCUGGUGAGCAGGCGAUAACAGCCAAAGGACUCUGCUAUCCAGGAAGAGGGAGGAACGAUGGGAAGAGAUUGUUUAUCAGUAAAUGCACUGGAUGGGAAAACCACAUUAAUAUUUACUCAAUGAGCCCAGAGACAGACUCGAAGACGGCAUCUCAGACGCGCUCCGAGGAGAAGGUUACUACCGCGAGAAGCAAUCUGUUGUGUUGGAAGUGCAUUUGUUUGUGUAUGCUUUUGUUUACGUUUAUAUAAAUAUCUCAUUUGUACGUCCGAACGAAAGGGUCAGCUUCUCGAAAUUGAAGAGAAGGUUCACGACCUGGUGGAGAGUCAUACUGGGAAUAUUUCUAUUACGUUUGUUGUACAGUGGUUUGGUCGUAAGCAUUCAGAGCGUAUUCACCACAGGUUUAAAGAAAUAAACAUUCUGUCAUCAUUUACUCACCCUCAUGUUGUUUCAAAUAUGAAUGACUUCAUUCCAGUGGAAAGGUUUCUAGCACAAAUAAAAAAAAAAAAUAAAAAAAAAAGAUUUCAUGAUUAUGAGACAAAAAGUCAAAAUUGUAACAUGCUAAAUUAUAAUUAGGAUAUAAAGAGUAGAAAUUGACAUAAAAUGUUGAUACUGAAAAGAUAAAAUCAUUAAUUUUUUAUCUCAUAAGUGACUUAUAUAUCCCAUAAUUUUGACUUAUGUCAUAAUUUCAGCACAUUGUAUCAAUAUUUAGUAUGUCAUGUUUGACUUUUUAUCUCAUAAUUAUGUCUUAUAUCAACUUUUUGUUUCUUACAAUUUUGACUUUUUUAUCUCAAAGUGGUGACAAUUAUGUCAUAAUUAUGCAGAAAUUGGCUUCUAUAACUUUGAGCUCCAUAGAUGCAUUAGAACGGUAGGCCAUCUAAUUAAAAAUAUAUUAUUUUACCCAAUAUUUGUGGGCUAGUUUAUUUUCACAUAAUAUUUAUAUUGUACUGUUAGCUUAGCCACAAGCUUUAUUAAAAUAUCCACUGAAUGCUUUGUGCAAAAACAAAAAGAAAGUGAUUCAAUGAUGACAGAAUGAUCAUUUUAUAGAGUGUAUUAUUGCUUUUAAAAGAGGCAGGUGGCAAAAUAAGUGUCUGUUUGGGCUUCAGUUUACUUUUACAUGGAGACAAUCUGCUUUAGCUCUAAAAGAUGCUCUCUAAAGUGAUUUUGUUUGAGAAAAUCAACACCAGAAAGAUGAGAUACGCUCAUGAACAGAUCCUUUCCUUGGUUUAAUUAGCAGAUGACUAAGAGGCCGUUCACACAGGAUCUUUAUCUCAUGUUAAAAACAACGGAGCGCCACAGAAGGUGCGUUUAAAUGCACAUUAACUCCCAGACACUUGCUAAUGUUCACCUCAAGAUGUUCAUUCUGCCCCUGAUUCAUCUGAUGGCCAUGAUUUAAAACAGACAGCAAUUUGAUUUGUAACUAUCAAACCAUCAACUCAAUUUUGAUAAAAAGUGCAUCAAAUUACAGAAAUAAACAUGUAAAAACAUAGCACAGAUGCACACACCGAAAUGGUACAAACAUUGUUUUAAUAUAUUUCACAGCACAUAAUUCAUAAAGAUACUGACAGUUUUUAUUAUGAAAAUCACAUUUUCUGGGGAGGAUGUAAAAUGAGAGUGAAACUUCACGGUGUUAUUAUAGAGACCGCAGUCGAUUUUCAAUUUGCAUAAGAAAAUAACUGGAUACGUGGAUAAUGUGUAACAGAAUGUUGUGAGAGGAUAGAGGGGUUAUUUCAUGACUGAUAUGAUUUUAUUACCCUGAUCUUCUGGGAUGAUUCAGUUUUCAAGUGAACAACAGAAAAUGAGGAUAAUGCGGUGACAGGUUCACGUGGUUCUUCAGCUUUUAUUAAUGAAGCGAAUGUCUUGUAUUUUAGAAACCAGAUCCUUUAAUCCAGCCGAAUCACAAGACUAUGAUUUCAGAUAGAAAGUAUAAUCCUAUCUAAAUCAUGGUUUAGAAAUGAUCAAAAAAGAACAAAAUCUAUGUGUUAAAGAAAACUAUUAUUUGACAUUAUUUUAGCAGUUAACAACAACUGGGUAACACAUUGUGUUUUUAUAUCAGAAUAGACCAAAAAGUGUUUAGAAACUUAAAGGUGCAUCCACAUUCGUGAGAUAUAUAUGAAUCAUAGCUCACACAGAAGUCACUUUCCAAGACAAAAAAAAUUUAAACUUGAACCCAUUGAAAUUAGCAUGAGGAAAUCUUUCGUCCUCGCACGAAAUUCCAGAUUACAUGGAAUUCUGUUAAAAUCUGCAGAAAAAUUAUGGUGAACACACACAUGAAUACGCCUUAAAAUGUCAGAGAAUGUCAUUGCAUUAGUUCAAAUAUCAAACUAAGUGGCAUUUAUUUGAAACUGGGAAUAUAGGUUGUCUCAAGGUUUUCUCAAAGUUAUGAACAAACAUUAUUCCAGUAAUGUUUAUAGAAUGUUUGUUCCUUUUUGUUUGUACAUUUUACAUUCAUUAUGUUUUUUUGUUUGUUUGUUUGUUCAUGAAACAUUUUAGUUGGACGUUCGUCUAACAUUUUUAAAAGUUAUUUCAUUUGAAAGUUACAUUCGUUGCAAAAUUCUAAAAUGGAACGUUCCCUUAACAUUCACAUAUCAAAAUGUUUUUAAAACUUUUUUUUUUCUUUUAAAUGGAUGUUUGAAACGUUCAGAAAAAUGAAAAACUUUUCAUAAAAAUAAAAAUCUUAAAACAUACUUUGUUAGCUGGGACAGUUCAAGCUAACCUUACAAGCAAAACAUUUCACAGAUAGAUAAUAUUUCAAUAAUUUAAAACCACUGGUUGUCAGAUGUUAGUGGGACAAAUCCAUCAUGAACAUCAAGAAAUGUGCAUUAAAGUGUGAUCACAGUAACUUUCCCACACAGAUUUUACUCAUGAUCAAGUUGGUUGCUCAAAUAUGAAAGUGACUUCUGUGUAAUUAAUAAUUUAUACAUCUCUCUGCUAUUUACAAUGGACCUGUUUUUGCUCCCAAGAUUCUGCUACUGCACCUUAAGAAAGUAAAUAUGGCCAUUUUGAUUUCAUGUUGACUUUUAUUCCACUGUACACCUCACCUGAGCUGCAUAUGCAUUUCCAUUAAGUCAGCAAUGUUGUGUUUGUAAUCUGGAUUAGCAGUGGUCUUGAGGGACGACGUGUGUGUGCGGUUCUGUGGGGUCUGCAUUAGCUCUAAUGGCCAGAGGGGUCACGUUUAAAAUCAUAAUGGCUUUUCCACUCCCCCCUCCUGCUGGGACAAGCGUCUGAACCUCUCUGCCUCAUCAGAAAGGACAUCAGCCAUUCAACUCCCUAAUAAAAAACAUGCCGUUUUCAAUGCUUUAAAGAAAUUCAUUUUGCACUUCCCUCUUAUACGCGAAGGCGGCUCUCAUUCGGUUUCUGACACGUUGUCAUUAUAAUUGCGCUUUGUCACAGUGUUGUUGUGAGACUGCAGCUGGAGGGGAAAGGCCUUGUUUAUUGUUUUAAUACAGGAGAAAGACAGCUGCGCUGACGAUGAAAAGACAUUCUGAUCACACUAUUUUCAGUUUAACAUGUUCAAUCUCCGCUUACAUACAGAUGUAUUUCUCAAGCAUUACUUGUUGCGUAUCACAGGUGGAAUCUAGGCUUUUUGAGGUGGUAAAAUCCAUGGAAUGUGUUAAACGAGAGCUGAGAGUUCAAUAAAUAAAGAAGUUUGUGAAUGAAGGGCGAGCCAAUUCCUGCGGACAUCUGAAGGCACUGAUUGUGUGUGGGCCUGCUUAUCACUGACAGAUAGCAGUUAUGUUACAGUGUGUGUUAGUAUGCAUAUUGCUCUACUGUCAGCAUCUGCUCUGAUAAGCUUGGCUUAUCUAGAUUGAGUUCCUUGACUGUGUUCGGGGACAGAAUACUAGUGUACUGCGUAUUGCACAGUGUAUGCUGUAUGCCGCCUUUUGUUUUAAUAGAAUGUGAAACAGUAUAAAAGAAAGUUAUAAGUCAGAGGUGUCUAUGCUCAGUGCAAAACUGACCUUAACUCAAUAAUUAUGCAGAAAUUGUAACAGUAUGCUAUUUCAAACACAGCCUUUAUUCCGCACUCAAACCUUGUUAAACAAACACACACAGCAGCUACGCAUUUCUUAAAGUCUUUGAAGGUUAGAUUAUGUCUAUGUAGACAUGCUUUCUGUGGUUUAGCUGGCAGUGAUGAAGGGUUAGUUUGUGAGAGCGAACAUGCGUGAUCUUUACCACCCACCGCGUGGAUUUGAAUGACAUCAGAAAGUUGAUGGAUGGUAUGUCCGGUCUGUGUCUGCAGGGUCAGUCGGAUCAGUCCGUGGGUCGGUGAGUCUGCUCCAAACGAGCUGUUAGGAAAAAACAAGGAUGUGGAAGAAAGUGAGGCAGGAUCAGUGAAAUGAUGCUGAGUAAUAUUAACCCUCAUCUCCCGUGACUCAUGCAGCAGCUGACCUCGUCCACUGUAGGUUUUUUUUUUCAAAUCUGUUUGUUGUAUGCUAAGAAAUGUGCCAGUUCAUCAGUUAUAAAAUUGAUUUUAAUGCAUCCUGCAGCGGCAGGGGAGGAUCAUCAUAGCUACUAAUGCACAUUUAAGUAUGUGCACCUAAUUUUGUGGUCCAUUUCCUGUUGGUUUUCUUGCUUUUCAGAAGAUAGAAACAUGCCAGACAUGCUGCAUUUCCCCUCUCAACCCCCCAGCCGGUGAGAUGCUAAAGCAAGCUUGUACAUCUCAAAGGAUUUCACCAUUUCUGCCUCUGUAUUUGCAGGUUGCUUCUUUGAUUGUCAGCCUCUGUUGUGCCAUUGUGAACAUUGAUCAACAUUUUUCAUUGUUUGUAAGGACAAACAAUAUGAUAAUGUCAUCUGUACAAUUUGUAUAAUAUAAUAAAUAUCAUUUAUAUUUGA